AUGGGAAAAAACGAUGAGAACACACAGUGCAAGUCGGUCCGAUGCUGUUGCAAACUGAUAUCGAAAUGUGAAGAAAAACCAGCCGCCGCGGUGGUGGCAACGAAACCACGGAAUAAUGGCUGCGGCGGGCGCGCGGAACGCCCUGCACAAAUGAGUCUAUGCGAUUUCUUGAAAUCGCAACCGAUCCCGGAAUGGAUCAAAGUCAACGACGUGCGUCCGCAACAGCACCAAAACCAGCAGCGUACAAUGCAAUCCUGCACGCCCGAAAAGCCGAAAGGAAGUUCCGUUACGGAAGACGUGAUAUCCUCGCAGAUCAUCAUCAACUUCGGGACAGUCAUAACCAACGGAGGGUGCAAGCGAGACUCGUGUCAGCAGACCGAUCCAGAAGUACAGCAACGAGUAUGCCCGACCACCGUCAGUCCACCGGAAAAUCGCUCGAGCUGCGCCUGUCCGCCAGCUAAACGUUCGACGUCCAAAAUAUGUCCUGCACCGGCUAAUAAGCCGACCACCACCUGCAGUCCACCGGCUAAUCGGCCGAUCCCCACCUGUCCACCGACUGAUAAGCCGACCACCACCUGCAGUCCACCGGCUAGUCGACCGAUCCCCACCUGUCCACCGACUGAUAAGCCGACCACAACCUGCAGUCCGGCUAAGGUGGCGACCUGUCCACCAACCUGUCCACCGGCCUGUCCAUCAACCGAUCCUCCAGGUUCUUUGUGCCCUGCUCGCCUUCCAGCUUCUUUAUUCUGCCCUGCACCCGCAACAGAACCCCGUGGCCGUUGCAGUCAGGAAAAAUCUCCAUGUGCCAGCUUGAGUUCACCACCGAAAGCCCGUCCCGAAUGCGGAGUCAAAAAGGUUAAAUGUGGUUGCACCUGCCACUCGGACGUAUAG